UGUAAUGGCCACUUCUACAUACACUCUAGAGGCACGUAGCUCUUCGGAGCGGAUGCCGUCGCUACGUGCACUCUUGCUGAACAACGGAGACGACGAUGCUCCGCUAGAGCUGGCGCUGCUGCAACUGUGGGCUGCUCCCGACCCCGAACGCAUUCCAACGGAAUUGCUGGCCUUGGACGACAAAUGCUGGCGACGUCUAGGCCUUUUGCUCUUUGCAUCCGACAGCUCGCUUGUGCUCGUUCUCGUGGCGGCGUUGGAGCGUGUGGCGACCGCGCCGUCAAGAUCAAGCGACCAAUUCUUUCGACGCAUGUGGCAAUCGCAGUGGCGAGAGCAUUUGCGUGAGAAGGUGGUGGACUGUCACGCGCGACUCGAAAGGGAAGGCAUUCGGUCGGGGCGGACCGACUCGCUCUUUGAGGUCGAUCUGGUCGCACCCCGGCUAGUACAAAUCCUGAUCACGAGUCUCCGAGUGACGUUGACAUCUUUUUAUGACGACCACCCCAAGGACCAGAUUGACGAGACCAAGAAUGGAGGCAACGAUGCCCCCAAGGUGAUGGAGGUGGUGGACCUGUUGUUGUCUCUGUCCACGACUGUCGAAUGGACGCCUGCAAUCGCUCGGACUGCGGCGAUGGGACUACAGACUUUACUCUCUCUAAAGCCGCAUCCUUUCAGUGGGCUCAUGACGACGCACGUCUGUAGAUCGGCAGCCUUACAGCACUACGUCACCUGGCUGCUUGGUGACGAUAGAUGCGCCCCUACUGCAUGUCUUACGUCGCCUUCAGACCCAGAGACGCAACCAAGUAGUACCGCAACAAAGCAACGUGGUUGUCAGCAUGAAUGCGAUCCCAUUUACCUUGAGCUGCUUGUUGCAGCGGCAGCCGUGGCAUGUCCCGACGCGAACAAACGCCGAGGUGCGAGAUCUUCUGUCUUCGAUGACACGGCAGCGAUGUUACAGAUCUGUACUCUCGGAGUCGCGAGCGUGGACUCGAACGUCCAAUACUCUUCCUUGCGCUUGCUGUGCUCGCUUCUUGUCCUCGAUGACGCCUCGUCGAGCGCUCUAAGCAGCGCCGUUCGUCUAUCGGGCAUCCUUAUCUCGAUCUCUUGGCUUUUGAGCCACACAGUCUCGCACAUCGCAGCCAUGGCAGCGACAACACUGGAGCUGAUAAUCCGACACUCUCCUCCUAGUGAUAUCUUGCGAGCUGUGAUCGAACAGGGCUGUGUCCUUAUUUAUCGCACGCUCUUGUCGGCAUCCAGUAGUGCCAACACCCCUGCUGUAGCUGCGAGUUGUCGGAGUCUAUUGAAUUGGGUGACGGAGGAGGUGGCGUGGCAAUCCGGUGUCGUUGCUGCGAGUGUGCAGUCGAUCCUGAGCUCCACCAACAUCUUACUGCAGAAGAAUAUCGUGCUUACAUUGCAGAUCUUGGCUCAACGCAAUGCAGCAAUCCGCGAGGCUCUGGAAGAUCAAGACUUUCGAACGGAUGCGUUGGUGACGGCAAUCCAAGCGGACGACGAGGCGGGUCUAGCAGUCUCGCUACUGUCCAUUUGCUUAAACUGUAGCGAUAAAUGUUCAACCCUGAAGAUCGAAGCGAGGGACUGUAAUGUCUUCCAAACCGACAACAACGAGAGAGAAGGGGAAGAAAAGACUCCUGAUAGUACCGAUGAUCAAGACUUUAUUAUCCAACUCCGCUGUGCAGACGGAGAGUUUGUCAAAGCUACUGCAGCAUUGUUGCGCGAACAUAGUAACCUGCUUCGUGGAUGGAAAGCCGACAACCGUCACGAUCCAGAGGGUAAUAACUCCAUUAUCAUCGCCAGACUCAGCAAGUUCCGGGCAUCCAGUGUCCAGUACUUUGUAGACCUUCUACCAAUGCCCCAACAGGACGCAGUGAAUGCUCUAACGGAGCUCCAAAGCUUCCCAAUGUUACGGGAACUGCUCCAUCUGGCUAACACUGUUGGGUCUGCCAAGUGUUGGCACACGACGACGUCUGCGAUGUGCCGGAUGAUGACAGUCUCCAACUGGUUGGACAUUUUCCAGUUCGCUUCGAAUGAGGUUCGUCACCCCACACUUGUACUACGCUGCAUUCACUUUGGUCUCCAGCUCCACAGUUCGUUAGGCCCACGCAGCACUACACCACAACCAGACACACAGAAACAAAUCGACCCAGUGGAGCAGGAGCGCGCAGACUUGGCCGCAGCACUCAGAACGGCAGCUAUUCAGAUGAGCGAAGAGCUCUUCGUAGGCUGAAAGAAGUUCCUGAUAGCAAUAAUACAUGAAUUCCAAGCCCGGAAGCACUUCUCAAGUCGCAGAAGACAUCGUUGUUACACACAAGUCUACUUGAACAGUCCUGCCACUGCGUCGUAUGUACUAUUCCAAAGCUUUGCAACUGACGUGGAAGCUUCUGCCGCUGUUUUCUCGUCAAUGUCGACGCCCACAUGCACGUUCUGGUCCAGUCGUUGCUGUCGUCUCCGCGCGAGUCUCGAAGCUCCAGG